AACGCGUGGCAGGGCAUAGCUAGUAUUUAAUAAUAAAACAAGUUAAAAUACACAUGUAACUCAUAAGGCACAUGUGUAAAUUAUUUUGUUAAAUAUUAUUUUUGACCAUGUCUUUUCGUUUUUUCCACCUUAACGUGAUUCCCCGGUAAAAUCGACAUAUAUGUAUAAUAUAUUGAAAGACCAGAGGGCUGGAGGGCCGGAAGGUUCGCCAUCGGCACCGACGUCGUCGGCAUGGCAACUCCGUCGGGACGGACGGCACAACAAAUAUGAAUUACGCCCGAGGUGGUCGCGAUUGUCGACUGACGCUGAUCGCAAUUAUUUUCGCGACCCUCGCGAGUGCGUUCCACGCGAACAAUGAGGUGCUCGAGUACUGGAAUCCGGAUGUGUGCAAGCACGACGAGUAUUUCGACGCGGUCACCCUGUCCUGCUCGCGAUGCAACGCCAGCCGGAAUCUCGUACCGGAUGUGGACCGUCUUCGAUGCCGGUGCGACGGAGUCAGCAGAACGAUCGGUUUCGAGAACGGUAACCCGCUUUGUGUCGCGUGCGAUCCCAACAUGACCGCGACCGCCGACGGAAGGGAUUGCGUCCUGCACCCGAAUUCGACAUGCAAAUGCUCCUCGAACCAAAUAAGACUGGACAGAAAUAUAAAUGGUGCUCUGCUGGAUACUGCGCUCUGCGUAACGUGCGUGCAGGGCACGUAUCCAUCUCCCGAUUGCUCGAGAUGCUUGCCGUGCAACGGCCGCGACGAAUACAGCGGUCAUAUUAAUUGCGUGUGCCCGAGCGCGACGCACGUGAGACUACGAAAUUAUUGUCUGCACAAAGACGACGUCGUCGACUGGCCAGACGUUAGGGGCACAUACCUGAUGAAGUUUCGUAGCGGGAACAUCGACAGUUAUUAUCUGAGGAGCGAACUGCAAAUCGGAGUGCACUUGUGCAAGAGGAAAGACAGAAUCGCAUGCGAGCAUUUAUCAAACAUCUGCGCUCUAACUCUUUACAACGAUGGUGUAGCUUGUAUGUUUUUUAUGCACACGCCCAUGGCACCCGUAUGGUUGUUUUAUAAUAAACAAGACGCGGCGGCGGUGAUGAACAAUACGAGGAUAUCCGAGAGAUAUAGCCUCAGAAAAGGAGACAAUAAUACACUUCUCGAUUUCACGAUCGUGAGAUUUGCAUUGGACGGCAAAUUCUUGUCCAUUGGCAGACCGACCCUGCCCUGCCAACUACUGAGAAACGUGAGGUUCGGUAUAAAUUUCAGCAAAAAGUGUAAAACCACAGCUGCUGAAUUGUUCAACGCACAAGUAGAAUUGCUGUCUCCUUACUUAGCGUUUAAAGAGAACAAUAAAUCAUUUAUACAUGCGUUGCCCGUGAUUGUUAAGUCGCCGGAUCAGAAUAUUAAGGAAAUUUCGCAUCAGCAACUAGUGCGAAAAUUCUUUCUGGUUGACAAUAUAAGCGGUUUCAAAGCAUUACCAGCGUUUAUGUACAACGGAUUUGCGAAAGCGCCAGAGCUCACCGUGCUUCGUUAUAUGAAAUCUCUGACUAUUUUAAUAAACGUUCAGAGCGGACAAGAUCACGGGAAGAUCUUCGCACCUAUUCUGAUCGUAGAAUACGACGAGCUGACGUAUCAAGAUCUCCUUGACAACUCCGAUGUCACAAUAGAUUACAAAGUUGCAUUUGUACUGAAGGACAACAAUGUAGAUUAUAAUAUUCAGAUAACUAUCGGAGUGUUUACAGGAAUAGCAUUGUUAUUUUCCAUUGUCAAGACGUGGAGUUAUUAUAAACGCAAUCACAACAGCAAUCUCAACGUGGCCGUUUUAUUGUGGUUCUUGAUCUACGCCAUGGGAGCGGUUGGAAACGCGAUCAUGUUUGUGUGCAUCAGUACGUGCGUGUAUCUCUUCAUCUUUUAUAAAGGCCAAACCGUACCCUAUAUUCUUCUUCCUGAUGAAGACAGCGAGGAAAAGAUCCGAACCUACAUUACUGUAGCAUUUAGCUUUAAAAUUGCAGAAAUGAUAGGGUUCAUCUGUCAGCACUGGAAUUUGAGCGUGUUCUUUAUCGACUGGGAACAACCGAGAACGAUACACGAUCAACCGAAGUACGACUCCCCGCAUACUUCUUUACGAAAAUUGUAUUCCAAUAGAUUUCCAAAAGGUGAGAGUAAAUCCUUGAGAAUAACAUCGGACAUCAUCGCAUCCAAGCGAAAGAGGAAAACACAGAAGAACACGAAUAAGAAUACAAGCCCCAGUGAAGUGUCCAAGUCUUCCUCGAUCGAAAAAUAUUCGCCAAACUUCUCUUCCGUCUGUUCAAUCGCAAGAUCACCCUUGCAAGAGACAACUGAGCGCGGCUACAAUUUCCCUAUCAGCGUUUGGAGAACUUAUUUCAUCGCAAACGAGUGGUGCAAACUGCAAACCAGAAGAAGGAUAAACAUAGCACUGCAAUCAAUUUACACUCUUUGUGUCUUGCAGAUAUUCGAUUUAAAAUCAUGGAUGCUGACGAUAUCAGCAUCAACUGCCGCUGACAGAUCUUCCGAAGCGAAGAACAAUUUUACGCUACAAUUCGCGAUUUGCACAUUCGUGUACAUAUCCGUGUAUGUCGUGCAAUGGCUAAUUCGCUUUACAUUUUACGAGAGAUACAUUCGAAAUAGACUGCAGAAGUUCGUAGAUCUAUGCUCAAUCGCAAAUAUCAGUGUAUUUAUCAUGGCGCACAAUUAUUAUGGUUUUUACAUCCAUGGAAGAUCGGUACAUGGAUUUGCGGAUACUGAUCUUCCUACUCUGAUAAAUGACUUGAGAAAGGAAGAAGACGAUUUGUGCGCGCACAGAGGCCUUGUACCUGGCACGACCGAUCAGACUUUUAUAUUAUCAUUGACCCAAUCGUUUAAACUGUUAUACGACGAGCUCAUGAAGCAAAAGUACAAUGGAAGCGUGGGAAUUUUAAAAGGAAGUGACACGCCUAAAAAUUGGAAACAAUUGUUUGAAACCAGGUCAAAAGUUAGACACUUUCUGAUGCAGUUCCUGGAUCAUUGCUUGGAAAAUGAAGAUUAUAUAAUCAAGGAGCAGCACAUGUUAGAGAAACUAUGGGAUGUUUUUUUCGUAGAUGCCAAAGAUAAAUCUGUUUUCUACAUCGAUAACAGUUAUUCCUUCAACAAAGUGGUGCUUCAUGGAAACGAAUGGCUAUUGGCGACACUCGAGGUUACCGUGUUUGCCUUCUUUUUAAUGUUGUAUAAUUCUUACAUAUUCGCUUGUAUAGUGACAGUUGUCAUAUCGCAAUUCUUCUUAACAAUCAUAAAAUGUAACGUUAAGAGAAAUCUUUGCAACAAAUCUUUAUUAGACAAAAGAUUCCUAAUGUAACCAAAGAAUAAAUGAAUAACAAUAAUGAAAACAAAUAUUAACUAAUACAUUGUAGUUAUUAUUUUUAUAAUUUAUUUUUAUAGCUUACUUGGAUACCUUUUUACAAUCUACUAUUUCGUACUUCCUUAUGCCCAUGUUCAUAUCUAAAGCGAGCAUUAAUGAUGACCAUCUUCCCCAUGGUGACUGUCUCCGUGAUGCCCGUGACCCGAAUAGUCAAUCCCAAAGUAUUGUUCAACGGCUAU